GAAAACAAGAGGGUGAAGAUCUUGUUUUGCUUGAACACACAUGAAGAACGAUAACAAAUGCUGGUUCAAAAAAUAACUACCUUGUUGAAUCACUCUCUAACCGCCAAACAAUUGAAGCAAAUUCAUGGAUCCAUACUCGUUCACGGCCUUAAUCACCUCGAUAGACUAUUAAUCCACCAUCUUAUAACCUCUCAAUCCGAUUACUCUCAACCCACUGCUCAUUACCUUCGAUUAAUCCUCCACCAUUCGAAGCAACCAGAUGUGGAUUCCGCAACAUCCGCCAUGCGGUAUUUCAGCAAACAUGGCAACUUUCAACAAGCACUUGCUCUGUAUUCAGGGCUUCAAACAUCAGGACUCUCACCUUCAACAUUUGCAGUUGCAUCUGCUCUGAAAGCAUGUGCGAGAGUUUGUGAAUUAAAUGGUGGGGUUAUGAUUCAUGGGCAGGUGUUUAAGUAUGGGUUUUGUGGGGAUGUUUAUGUGGAGACUGGUUUAGUAGGGUUUUAUGCGAAAGUUGGGGAUAUGGGGAAUGCAUGUAAGGUGUUUGAUGAAAUGUCUGAGAGAAAUGUGGUGUCUUGGAACUCGAUGAUUGAUGGGUUUUUGAGAUCUGGGGAUUUGGUUAUGGCUGAAGGUUGUUUUGCUCGUAUGCUGGAUAAGGAUGUGGUUUCUUGGAACUCGAUGGUGACGGGGUAUGCAAGAGUUGGGGAUAUGGAGAAGGCGUUACGGUUGUUUGAGGAAAUGCCAGAGAGGAAUCAGACGUCGUGGAAUGCGAUGGUCAGUGGUUAUGUUGAGUGUGAAAAACUGGAAUUAGCUCGAAAGUUUUACGAUUCAAUGCCACAAAGAAAUACCAUUUCUUGCAUAACAAUGAUUGGUGGGUACUCGAAAUGUGGAGAUAUUGUAUCUGCACGUGAGUUGUUUGAUGAGAUGGGUAGGAAGGAUCAUUUGUUAUAUAAUGCUAUGAUCGCGUGCCACGCUAAAAACGGUCGACCAAAAGAAGCACUCCAACUGUUCGAUGAAAUGCUUCAACCAAAUGUGAACAUUCAACCUGACAAAAUGACAUUAGCUACUGUAAUAUCCGCGUGUUCCCAACUGGGAGACUUAAGUUUUGGAUCGUGGAUUCAUGAGCUUUACAUGAAUCAAAUGGGCAUUACGAUGGACGACCACUUACGUACCGCCUUAAUCGACUUAUAUGCAAAAUGUGGUUCCAUUGAUAAAGCUUUCAAGCUAUUUCACAAGUUGCACAAGAAAGAUGUCGUUGCUUAUACAGCCAUGAUAUUGGGUUGCGCCAUUAACGGGAAAGAACAGAUUGCUAUCAAACUGUUCGAUGAAAUGAUGGAGUCUAAAAUCCGACCUAAUUUAGUCACAUUUUCAGGACUGUUAACCGCAUUAAAUCAUGUUGGUAUGGUUGAAGAAAGUUACCAUUGCUUCAACUCCAUGAAAAGAUACGGGCUUGCACCCACACCUGAUCAUUACAGUCUCAUGGUUGAAGUUUUGGGCCGGGCCGGGCGACUAGAGGAAGCCCACAACUUAAUAAAGGGCAUGCCAAUGCAACCCCAUGCUGGUGUUUGGGGUGCAUUGCUUCUUGCUUGUAGUACACAUAAUAAUGUUGAGUUGGGGGAAAUUGCAGCCAAACAUUGCUUUGAGUUGGAAGCCGAUAGCAGCGGUUAUGGUUCCCUUCUUGCUAAUAUAUACGCGAGUGCCGGUCGGUGGGAUGAUGCUAAGAGGUUAAGAAAGAGUAUAUAUGAAAAGGGCUUGGUUAAGGUUCCUGGAAGUAGUUGGAUGGAUCAUGUGCAAGAGUAAAAUGGUAAAGCAUGCUAACACUUUCUUUAUGGCCCAAAUAUGAUUAAAGAAUUCUUAAUAAAAAAGCGCGCCUCAGGGUCUUGAGCCGGCACUUCAUGUAUAUGCGGGUCAAAUUUGUAAAAUAUGGGGUGGCUGCUGUAUAAAAAUGUCCAAAAGGUUGAUGAUAUUAUAACUGGCUUGCUUGUUUGAAAGACUGUUAUGCAAAAGAGACGAGAAAUGCAACUUUUGGUUGUGCACAACGUGAACCAUGCGCGUUGAGUUUCAAGAUCCAAACGCUCAAUGUACAUUUUUAUGGAUGCGGAUCAAAGAUUGAUUUGCAGAGGGAAAGGAAAGGACCUUUGGUGGCUGGUGAUUGUGAUGUCAGCAAUAGGGAGGACCGGAUUUGUGCUUACAAGGACAUCUGGAUUUGAUCUUACUGCAGUUUGAACUUCUUUUACAGUAAUUGUCUAAUCUUUUGUGUUUUAUAAUCAACUAGAUUUACCACCCGCCGCAAUGCGGCGGGGGCAUAAAACCGUGCCGAAUAGCACUAAUGCCA